AUGGCUCUUGCCAAUGUCUUAUUGUUAAGUCAAAUAACAGGGCAUGUAAUUAUACUAAUUUUGUCCCUUUGUGUUGUUGUGCCACUGAGCUUUAAUAUACAUGACUUUUGUGGCCAUUGUUUACUUUUCACCACUGGCAAAUGGCGUGAGGAGGAUGGCAUGUUCGAUCCCAAAUGGGCAUCAUCGGACUUUUGUAAUUUCCCAUUGGUCACAGGCAUUUUCAUGUUUAUCAUCUCGUCAGUACAAAUUUAUCGUUAUGCCCGCAUGAAGGAUGAAGAAUCGUUUUUGGCAUUAUUUGUUGAUGUUGUUCUGGGUAUUUGGAUGUUGGCCAUGUCCAUUAUUUCUUCGAUAAUGAUAACAUUGGGUUUCAUUGUCUGGUGCGAUGGUAUGACUGAACGUUUUCCGACAUGUGAGAUUACGGCCGGACAAAAUAUUAUUCACGCCAAUACGGAUAAUAUUGAUAAUUCUGGAUUUUACAUUGAAAUGGGAACAGCACAGUUUGGUGCCUGGGGUGCAUUUGCCAUAAAUGUGGGCAUUGGUGUCAUUGCCCUCUUAAAACUGAUAAAUAAUCAUCAAGUGCGCAAUAUAAAAGUAUCCAUGUACUUGGAAAGACAACGUUUGGUAAAUCAACAUCAAGUACAGCAAGAUGGUCGUUCUACGCCACCGGUAAUGUCAUCUAGUGAUUCCGAACAACCAAAAUAGUUGAGCUAUU